AUGUCCACCACCACCACUCAACCGCCCAAAAUCUCCGUCCUCAUCCUCGGCCUCGACUUCUCCUGGACCGCCGCGCACCGCUCCGCCCUCAUCGACCCGGCCACGCUCCGCGCCACGGUGCAGCGCCGCAUCGCCGCCCUCGCCGACGUGCGCGACCUGCACACGGAGACGCUGCUCGUGAACCCCGACGACGGGACGGCGCGGGCGGUUGAGGUGGUGGGCGAGAGGCUGCGGGAGGGGCCGGGGGGAGGGGAAAACGAUGUCGCGGAGGGGGGAGGCGGAGGGGGAGGAAAGAAGAAAAGCUGGGAUGGAGUGAUUUUCGGGUGGGGGAUGAGGGGGGUGGCGGAUACGAGUGAGUUGUUUGAGGGGGUGGUGAAUUGCGUGAGGGAGGGGGCGCCCGGGGCGAGGAUGAUGUUUACGUUGGCGGAGGCGAAUCAUUUGGAGGUGUUGAGGAGGAAUUUUGGGGGGUUGGUGGAGGAGAAGGGGGUGUGA